AAACAUGUAAAAAUUUAGUCCUCAUACUUUGAAUCAGAGGAUAGAGAUGGCCAGUGACAGGGUGCAUGCUGCUUUACCCGUCCCUCCCAAUCAAAGUGAGGAAGAGAACAAAGAAGAAGAGAAAACUUUUGGAAAUAUUUUUGCUGAGUUAGAGUCUGUGGACCUGCCUCUUGGAACCACUAUAAGAUCUAUUUAUGAUGACCAGCCCAACGCACACAAGCGCUUCAUGGAAAAGCUGGAUGCCAGGAUAAGGAACCAUGACCGUGAGAUUGAGAAAAUGUGCAAUUUCCACCACCAAGGCUUCGUGGAUGCCAUCACAGAGCUCCUUAAAGUCCGAGCUGAUGCAGAGAAGCUGAUGGGUCAAGUGACAGACACUAAUCGAAGACUACAAGAAGCUGGGAGGGAGGUGACAGCUCAGACAGAGGAGGUCAUUCGCUGUCGGAUCCAGCAGAGGAACAUGGCCACCACUGUGGAGAAGCUCCAGCUCUGUAUACCAGUGCUUGAAAUGUACAGCAAACUGAAGGAGCAGCUGGAGUCCAAAAGAUACUAUGCUGCGUUGAAAACCAUGGAGCAGCUGGAGAAGGUCUUCAUUCCCAGGGUAAGCCAGUACAGGUUCUGUCAGAUCAUGGCUGAAAACCUGCCCAGACUAAGAGAGGAGAUCAAAGAUAUUUCCAUGUCGGACCUCAAAGACUUCCUGGAAAGCAUCAGAAAGCACUCUGACAAAGUUGGAGAGACCGCCAUGAGACAGGCACAGCAACACAGAACCUUUAACAGUGCAGUAGCCAAGCAGGCCAGUAUGGGUCACUACACCAAGCCUGUGUACUCCCUUAAUGGACGGACUCACACCCACAGUCACAACGGCCUGAUGAUGGACGACGACACAGGAGAUGAGGAGGAAGCAGAUGAAGAGGUUCUUACAGCUCAGGACCUGGUGGACUUCUCACCUGUCUACAGAUGUUUACACAUUUACACUGUGCUGGGUGACCGAGAAACAUUUGAGAGCUACUACAGGAAACAAAGGAAAAAACAGGCCCGGCUAGUGCUGCAGCCACAGGCCAACAUGCAUGAGACAGUCGAAGGGUACAGAAGAUACUUCAAUCAAAUUGUAGGGUUCUUCGUUGUGGAGGACCAUAUCCUCCACGCAACCCGGGGGCUGGUGACCAGAGCUUUCACCGAUGAACUGUGGAACAUGGCCCUGUCCAAGAUUAUCGCUGUGCUUCGCACACACUCUUCAUACUGUGAUGACCCAGACCUGGUCCUGGAGCUGAAGAACCUCAUAGUAAUCUUUGCUGACACACUACAGGGUUAUGGUUUCCCCGUGAACCGGCUGUUUGACCUGCUGUUUGAGGUCAGAGACCAGUACAAUGAGACUCUGCUGAAGAAGUGGGCCCUGGUUUUCAGGGAGAUCUUUGAAUUGGACAACUACAGUCCCAUCCCAGUGGAGACAGAGGAGGAGUAUAAACUGGUAGUCAGCCGCUUUCCCUUCCACGAUGCUGAGAUAGAGAAGCAGGACUUCCCCAAGAAGCUGCCGAUGUCCCAGUCUGUCCCUCAGAUCUACACACAGGUCAAAGAGUUCAUAUACGCCAGCCUCAAGUUCUCUGAGUCACUACACCGGAGUUCAACAGAGAUUGACGACAUGUUGCGAAAAUCAACCAACCUGCUGCUGACAAGAACACUCAGCAGCUGUCUGCAGAACCUCAUCAAGAAACCUCACAUAGGUCUGACUGAGCUGGUGCAGAUCAUAAUUAACACCACCCACCUGGAGCAGGCCUGCAGGUAUCUGGAGGAGUUCAUAACAAACAUCACCAAUGUCUCCCCCGAAACAGUACAUACCACGAGACUCUACGGCUUGUCCACAUUCAAGGAUGCUCGUCACGCUGCUGAGGGAGAGAUUUAUACCAAACUCAACCAGAAGAUCGAUGAGUUCAUCCAGCUAGCAGACUAUGAAUGGGGCAUGGCUGAGUCGGACGGUCGGGCCUCAGGAUAUCUCAUGGACCUGAUCAACUUCCUGCGUUCCACCUUCCAGGUCUUCACACAUCUCCCGAAUAACAACAAUGACCAUGCGUCGAUGUCGGGUAAAGUGGCACAGACAGCGUGUAUGUCAGCGUGCAAGCAUCUGUCUACAUCACUGAUGCAGAUGCUGCUGGACACAGAGCUCAAACAGAUCAGUAUGGGGGCCAUUCAGCAAUUCAACUUAGAUGUCAUUCAGUGUGAAUUGUUUGCCAGUUCAGAGCCGGUCCCUGGAUUUCAAGGAGACACACUCCAGCUGGCCUUCAUUGACCUACGACAGCUCCUGGAUCUGUUCAUGGUGUGGGACUGGUCUACUUACCUGGCAGACUAUGGGCAACCAACCUCCAAAUACCUGAGAGUGAACCCAGCCACUGCUCUGGCUCUGCUGGAGAAAGUCUACAGAGGGAUGAAGGACACCAGUAAGAAGAACAACAUCUUCUCCCAGUUCAGGAAGAACGACAGAGACAAACAGAAACUGAUAGAGACUGUGGUCAAACAGCUGAGGAGCCUGGUCAACGGCAUGUCCUCCUAAACACAGAUAUACACAGACACACAGACAUGCGUGUCACAAAGUCAUGUAAAGAAUGAAACAUGCAUGCAGUCACAUGCACACACUGAACUGCCAAGACACCCACAGAGGACGCAGAUUAUCACACAUGUAAUGAAGCGGUAAACAAACAACAUGACAGACACCCAGAAGAACCACAAAGGAAACUCACACACACACACACACACACACACACACACACACACACACACAC